ACAGGGAUAAAACCAAUACAGUUACAUUUUUUUCCACUACCUAUAAAUUGAAUGAAAAAUAGGGUGGGAGUUGUGCUGAAUCAAGUUCAAAGCCAGUAGCCUACUAUAGCAUUGCAAAUUUAGUUGCGUUGUUGGCAACACCGAUCCCCAGAUUUGUGUGCACCGGCAUCGCACGUGAACGUGUCGCAAAAAUCUCAAUAAAUUAGUGAAAUCACCAUGACGGACGAAUAUUUUUACGGUGUUACCCUUUCUGCAUCACAUCAAUCAGAGACAUGGGACCCAGAGGCAAAAGCAGAAUAUCCACGCAGCAACAAACUGGUGAUCCGUCAGGCACUGCUUGGGCCAGAUGCCAAAGCAGAUGAACUUAAUGUAGUGCAGGUGGAGACAAUGUCCCUACAGGACUCCAUAAAAAUACCAGUAGCAGUAUUGAAGGCGGGUGAGACCAGGCAUGCACGUCUCGAUAUUGAGUUCCCAGAUGCGCCAGUCACAUUCACCCUUAUACAGGGUUCAGGACCAGUACACUUGAUUGGACACCACCUGCUUGGUGCAUUGGUGGAAGAGUUUGAAGAUAUGGAAGAGAUGGAAGAAGAGAUGUUGGAUGAGGAGGAAGGCGAUGAUUCUCAGUUCAAGGAAGAUGAGAAUAAAAGGAAAGCAUCAGCAGGCAAGCGCAAGACGAAUGAGGAUGAAGAUGACGAGGAGGGUGAGCCAAAGGGAAAGAAGGCAAAAAUGUCAAACAAUGCCAAAGGCAAGGCUCCAUCGCCCAAGAAGAACGCCAAGAAGUGAACCGCCUCCAUCGCCGAGAGCCGGCCGCGCGCUCACGCUCGCCCCAUGCCACUGAGAGACCAAUUCCAUUGAAGACUGAGUGCACGUCGCGGAGUUGAGCUAGGUAGCUGAUGAUACCUACAGAUAGGCCAGCGGCGGAGUGUGGGGCGGGCGUGGGCAACAGCGCGGUCGGCCGGCGCUAGUUGUAACUACAUAGUGUGGUAAUUCAGUCUAGGUUAGUGUUGUAUCGACUCGAGUGUGUUUGGGAGAGUGGCUGAGCGAGUGCACGAGUGAUAGUUACUUAUCGGUCGAGGUGUCUGCGAACUUAUCCGAUCCUCCGUGGUUACCGAAGAUCGACGUGUGAUUUUCUCUUCACUUAUUUUUAUUUUUUCUAAACUAAAUUUCCAUUCCUUACUGUGGUAUAGUGUUAUGGAUGUCAAAUUAAAUAUAAAUGUGAGUCUUGAAUUCACGCAGACGUAUUUUUAAGUUAAGGAGUAAUUAAGCAUAAUCAGUGUACUUUUAAGACAUUGAUCGUUUUGUAUCGAGUUGCUGCUGGUCGACAUGUAACUGAAUUCUGCUAACGAUUUCUCAUUUCAGAAUGAAACUGAUAAUCUAUUAUAGUUUGUUUGUACAUAUACAAUAUAAAAGCAUAAGAACGGAAAUAAUAAAAUAAAACCAUUUCUAAACAUUCA